AUGGUGCCUGCGUUCCACCAAAGCUGCAGCGAGGUUGUUGGCGAAUGGGACAAGUUAGUGUCGGAAAAAGGGUCGUCCCGUGAAGUGGACGUUUGGCCUGGGCUUGUGGGUAUGACGGCAGAUGUGAUCUCUCGUACUGCUUUUGGUAGCAGCUAUAAAGAAGGGCAGAGGAUAUUUGAGCUCCAAUCGGAACUAUCACAGCUCAUCAUUCUAUCUUUUCAGGGAGCUUUCAUCCCUGGAUAUAGAUAUCUCCCAACGAAAAAUAAUAGAAGGAUGAGAGCAGCAGACAGAGAAAUCCAAGUUAUACUGAGAGGGAUCAUUACCAAAAGGUUAGAGGCGAGGGAAGCUGGGGAAGCACCAAGCGAUGAUUUACUUGGUACACUUCUUGAAUCGAAUUUGGAGCAAGCUAAAGGACACGGAAUGAGCAUUGAGGAUGUGAUGGAGGAGUGCAAGUUGUUUUAUUUUGCCGGGCAAGAGACAACUUCAGUGCUUCUGAACUGGACAAUGGUUCUGUUAAGCCAGCACCAAGACUGGCAAACCAGAGCAAGAGACGAAGUGAAGCAAGUUUUUGGCGAUAGAGAACCUGAUACAGAUGGCCUCAACCAGCUCAAAGUUGUAAGUAAAACAACCUUUAAGUUGACUUACACUACAGGAAAAAAGGGCUUUCUUAGCGUCUGUAAAACGCUAUCUGAAGAUAUCAUAGCGUUAUUAGAAGCGUUGUAUCAGAUCCCGCGAUAA